AGAGAUGCCAAUGACUAUUUCUCUGCCGAUGAAGAUAUAGAUUCUGAACUCGAUGCCUUCUUAAAGUACUACAGAAACAUAAACAAGUGCAGCGUUGGAUGUGAUGCCAAUAUACAUCACGCAAUAUGGGGUAGCAGAGAUAUAAAUACCAGAGUGUUACAGAAUAUUUUUCAAUAGAUUAUGCUAGAGACAAAAGAUUUCGAUUUAACGGGAACUCAUCGGGCUAAUGAUACUGAUCGUCCAGUGGAAAACCUUAAUCACGUCCUAGUUACGAAUGAAUCAACCUUUAGCAAAGUUUAUAAAUCCGAUAGCUUAACAGCAAACUCUGGUUCAGUAAAUUUGGCGCAAUCAACGAUCGAUUGUACAAGCUGUGAUGAAUCUGAAGAAAGCGAUACACGGGACAACGUGCCAAACAGUUUACAGGGUUCUCUUAUCUCAACCACCGAUUCACCACAGAAACAUGAAUGUAAACUUUGUAGGAAAAUAUUCCUUCAUAAAAAGAGCCUUAUCGAACACGACUGGGUACAUCGCGGCGAACGACCUUUUCAUUGCGAUCUCUGCGAUAAGACUUUCGUUAGGAGAAGUAGGCUUCUACUUCAUCGGAAUAUGCACGCUAAUGAAAGGCCAUACAAGUGCACCAUAUGCGGUAAAGAUUUUCCACUCAGCACUACUCUAUCUCAACACAUGCGCUUGCAUACGGGUGAGCGACCGUUUGAGUGUACCGUAUGCGGUAAAGAUUUUACACACAAAUCUACUCUAACCAGACACAUGCGUCUCCAUACUGGUGAGCGACCUUACAAGUGCACCGUGUGCGCUAAAGAUUAUAUCUACAGCAAAUCUCUGGUCGAGCACAUGCGCUUUCAUACUGGUGAACGGCCGUUCAAGUGCACCGUAUGUGGCAAAGAAUAUACACACAAACCUACUCUAACCAGACACAUGCGUGUUCAUACUGGUGAACGACCUUUUAAAUGCACUGUGUGCGGUAAAGGUUUUAUCCAAGACUUUACCCUUACCGUACAUAUGCGCCUUCAUACGGGGGAACGGCCACACAAGUGCACCAUAUGCGGCAUAGAUUUUGUCCAAAAAAACAAGCUGAACGAUCAUAUGCAUGUUCAUGCGGAUGAGUAUCGGUACAAGUGUGAUGUUUGUGGGAAACAAUUCAUAGACGGCUAUCGCUUGAAUCAACAUCUGGGCAGCCAUGUCGAUAUCCCGACACAAAACGAGAACAAGCUCAUAUCCUACCAAACACGAGACGACGUGCAAAAUAACGAGAAUGCUACUAACAGUCUGCAGACAACACCUUCCACCCCACCCAUAGAUUAUCUGCGGCGAAACGAAUGCGAGAUUUGCGGGAAACGAUUCGUUCAAAAGUGCCACCUCGUCGACCACAUGCGGUUACAUCGCGACGAACGACCUUUUUCUUGUGACGUUUGCGAUAGGGCGUUUGCCAAAAAGUAUACCCUCACCGAACAUAUGCGGCUUCAUACGGCUGACUAUCGAUACAAGUGUGAUGUGUGUGGCAAAGGAUUCAAUGCCGUUACUCAUUGGAACGAGCACAAGGCCACUCAUACCGGUGAGCGACCACACAAGUGUGAUAUUUGCGGGAAAGGUUUCCUCCGGAUUUCCUUACGCAACAAACACCGCGAGGGUCACAAGUAGUGUUCGGGAGUAUGUGUUGCUCCAUCAAGAUAAUCAAAACCAACUCUGCCAUGGCCUCAACCGUUGACCGUAACCCAUCCCAUCCGAUACCUACGGCACCCAGUCUCGAGGAUCUAAACUCAGCAUCGACUUCAGCCGCAUCCACUGGCAGUAGUAGC